CUGGGAGGGCGAGGACGGGGGCGGAGGCGGGCUGCCCCGGCCUGGGUCCCGAGAGUCCUCCCUGCGCGACCCUGGCCACGUCCCUCCUCCUCGUGGGCCUCAGUGUCCCUGCUUCCAGAUGAGAGAGACGGCGGUUGCUUGUCCUGGCGGGGCCGGCGGGAGGCUGAGGGAGUGGGCUCCGCACUGCCCGCCAUCCUGGGCGUCAGCAUCUUCUUUUUUUUUUUUAAACCUAACUUUGCCGUCCGUCCUCUCAGCGGCUGUCUUAGGCGUCCGUGACCAGACAGCCCCGGGUCUGGCCAGGUAAACAGUGUGUGAGGGCCAGAAUCAGCUGGGAAAUAAGCCGGCUCCGGCAAACCGGAACUCGCUUUGCAGUUUUGCUCAGGGCUGCCUCGAAGUGAAUGUAGACACUGACUGCGUUGAGCGACCCCCUUCUUUGUGCCUCAAGCUCUUAGGGAGAUUACAGAUCGCAGGAGACCAGCGCGAGCGAGGGUGGCCCGCCGAGAGUCGGGCAGUGACAGGUUUUCCCUCCCCGACUCCCACCACCUCCCCCCCAAGAGUCUGGCUUUGUACUUGAAAGAUACCCAACGUGUUUCAGCUUUGUCUUCGUGAGAGCAGAAUGCUUUGACCUGCCGGCCCUGUUAACCCGGGCACCUGUGUCUGGACCCUGGUAACUGACCUAAGGACUGCUGCAGUGAUUCAAGAACUGGCCCUCCGUGCAGGGAAGCCACACAGCAAAAAUGUUCGCAAAACUAAAGAAGAAGAUUGCAGAAGAGAGUGCUGUCGCUCAGAGGCCUGGAGGUACUGCUAGGAUUCCACGGUCCGUGAGCAAGGAGUCGGUCGCCUCCAUGGGAGCUGACUCAGGAGAUGACUUUGCUUCUGACGGUAGCAGUUCUAGAGAAGAUCUCUCGUCCCAGCUUUUGAGAAGGAAUGAGCAGAUACGGAAAUUAGAAGCCAGACUUUCUGACUAUGCUGAACAGGUCCGAAACUUGCAGAAGAUAAAAGAGAAGCUUGAGAUUGCAUUAGAAAAACAUCAGGAUUCUUCCAUGCGGAAAUUUCAAGAGCAGAAUGAGACAUUCCAAGCCAACAGAGCCAAAAUGGCAGAAGGACUGGCUUUGGCAUUAGCCAGAAAGGACCAGGAAUGGUUAGAAAAGAUGGAUCACCUCGAAAAGGAAAAAAGGCUUCUGACAGCUCAGUUACAGGAAGUGAAGAACCAGAGUUUGAAUCUUUUCCAAAGAAGAGAUGAGAUGGAUGAGUUAAAGGGACUUCAGCAGCAGGAACUAAGUAAAGUGAAGCACAUGCUUUUAACAAAAGAAGAAAGUCUGGGGAAAAUGGAGCAAGAGUUGGAGACGCGAACCAGAGAACUUAUUCACACCCAGGAGGAGUUGAUGACUUCCCAUAAGAUGUCAUCAGACUUAAGCCAGAAGCUGGAAGAAUUGCAGAGACACUACUCAACGCUGGAAGAGCAGAGAGAUCAUGUGACAGCUUCAAAAGCAGGUGCAGAAAAUAAGAUCACAGCCCUGGAACAAAAGGAACAAGAGCUCCAAGCAUUCAUUCAGCAGCUUUCCAUUGAUUUGCAAAAGGUCACUGCUGAAACUCAAGACAAAGACAAACUCAUCACACACUUGCAAGAGAAGGUCGGAUCCUUGGAGAAGAGGCUGGAACAGAACUUCUCAGGGGAGGAGCACUUACAAGAACUCCUAAGAGAGAAAACACUUGCUGAGCAGAAUUUGGAGGAUACCAGACAGCAGCUCUUGGCAGCCAGAAACAGCCAGGCCAGUGCCGUUGGUGAAUUGGAGAGUCGGGUGAAAGACUUAGAGCUGACCCUGCAGGCCUCCCAGGAGAAGCUCCAGCAGAGCAGGGCCAUCAUGGCCGCCCAGGAAGCACAGAUCCAGGAGCUGGCCGCUGCAAGCCAGGAGAGCAGCCGCAUGCAGCAGCAGGCCCUGGCCCUGGAGCAGCAGUGCGCAGAGCGCACCCACGCCCUUGAGGCCCAGAUCGCUGCUCUGGAGCAAGCGCGGGCCGCCGACCAGACAGCUGCGGAGCAUGGCAUGAGAGAACUGAAGCAAGAAAAUGCAGCCCUUAAAGAGAGCAGAAAUGAGUGUGAGCGUUCUUUGCAGCAGCAUCAGUUUGAACUGAAGAAGCUGAAGGAAGAAUGGAGCCAAAGAGAGAUUGUGAGUGUGGCUGUGGCCCAAGCCCUGGAGGAGGUGCGGAAGCAAAGGGAAGAGCUCCAGCAACAGGCUGCCGACCUGACAGCUCUGAUGGCCGAGAAGGAGCAGAGUCUGCAGGAGAAAACCGAGGAGCUGCUACGGAAGGAGCAGGAGCUUCUGGCUCUGGAGAAAGGCCAGGAGUCUGCGCUGCUGCAGCUGCACCAGCUGCAGAGUGAGCUGGAGGCCCUGCGGAGCCUGAGGGCAGAGGAAGCUGCGGCCCGUGAGGACCUGCUGGGGCUGCAGGGCCAGGAGCCCCGCGAACUGCGUGUGAGCUCGAAAGCCACGCAAGACCCUGUGUACCAGCUUCCAGCCGCCGAAGGAACGCCAAAUGGUGAGGUGGGGGCUGUGGAGCUAGGGCAGUUACAGAAGGAGAAGCAGGACUUGGAGCAGCAACUCGCCGAGAAGAACAAGACCAUAAAGCAGAUGCAGCAGAGGAUGCUGGAGCUCAAAAAGACUCUGCAGAAGGAGCUGAAAAUCAGACCUGAUAAUGAGCUUUUUGAUGUUCGAGAGAAGCCUGGCCCUGAGAUGCCAACCCUGGCACCUUCUGUCACCAACAACGCCGACCUCACUGAUGCCCGCGAGAUCAACUUCGAAUACCUUAAGCACGUUGUUUUAAAAUUCAUGUCCUGUCGGGAAUCCGAGGCUUUUCAUCUUAUCAAAGCGGUGUCGGUCUUGCUGAACUUCUCCCAAGAGGAAGAGAGCAUGCUCAAGGAGACCCUGGAGUACAAGAUGUCGUGGUUUGGGUCCAGACCGGCCCCCAAGGGCAGCAUCCGGCCGUCUAUUUCAAACCCUCGGAUACCAUGGUCCUAGGGAAGCACCCGAGGACGGAGCGCCGUGGGUUGACUCUUUUUCUGUGAAAAGUUGGCUGACACCCCAGUCUGGGUGGGUUUUUAGUCACUGUAACUGCAGUAUUUUGUACAAGCGUCUAACAUUGUUUACAACACUUAAGGCCCACUUCCCUGCAGGCUCACAUGCACCUCGGGAGGGAGCUGAGCGGUGUCUGGCCACCAACAGGAGGGUCCGGCACUCCCCGGCUGCCGCAGGGCUGCUGGUAGCCCAGCUCUGGCCAGCACCCUGUCUGCACCCGAGUCCUGCCUUUCCCGUUAGCGUGCGGAGCCGUGGCCACGGCCCCCAGGCGGUGCUGACCGCGAUGACGCGGGCCACACUCAGCUGUGCUGCCGGCUUCUAAAGGGGCCCUCCGCCAGGGCGUGGGGUUCACAGGAGUCAGAAGAGGCUGGUUACGCCCUCCUCCCAAGAACACAGCGUCUCCCCUGGACCCUCAGAUGUGCACAUCGCGAAGGCACUCUGGGGCCAGGUGGCCUGAAGGACAUGCAGCUUGCUGACGGCACCUCCACUGUCCAGAAGAAAACGAGCAAAUACAGCGACCCCGGUGUAGCUCCAGAUACACUCCAUGGCCUUUUUAAUGAAUGUACUUGUCUUGGAUAGGUUGCUGGCAAACCAUUUUAAACUAUUUUUUAUAGCUGAAGUUCUUUGCUGUUAUAAACAUGUCUUCUGUCUUAGAAAAUCCAUUGAACUGAUGUUCUUAAAGGAGAAUGAGAGCAUCCAGAGGAAAUUCUUUCUGAAAGCAGGAGUCCUGUCCCUCUGUGGUUUUGCUGGUGUCCUGUGCGUUGCUGGCCUCCGGGGCCCCUCCCCCAGCCUGGACCGAACCCUGGGAGGGGCUGCCCCUGACACCAGAGGCCGAGGUGGCACUGCUGCAGCACCUGACAGCACCCCCGCCGCCGGCGGCCGAGAGCGUGGAUCCGUUAUUGCUGAGGGAAGGAGAGACACGGCGCGUCAUUCAGCUGAAAGGGAAGCCAUGUAUUGAUUUCUACUUCAGUGAGUCUCACUGGCUAAACUAGAGUAACUGGAGCUCUGAAAUUCACUAUCCGUACCCGGUGACUACAGGUGUUUCUCAGUCAGGCCUUGGGUCACUACACGUAUGUACAUGCACGUACGGGUAGGCAGAUGCCGCACAGACCUGGCAGAAGUUCACCAGGGCAGCGCCGGGCAGCCUGCCGCUCGGGUCCCUCAGAAUGCUGCGUUCCAUUCCCUGGUGGGGGACACGAAACCGGCGUCCCCUGGGCUCCGUCACUUUGGUAGGACUGGGAGUGCGAGCUUGCUGGGGCAGCUGUACCACUUGUGGGGAGGCGGGGUCUGCUCCGCCUGGCUUCUCCUGCCCCGGGAGCGGGGCUCACCCCUUCCCCACCCCCAGCCCCAACCCCACAGUCUUAGGUGUCCUGGGGCCGUUAGGAGUGUAUUCCCUUAGGGAGGAGUUCCUCCUGCAUGUUGAAUUUCCCUCAGCUUUAAGAGGAAGAAUGGAGUGAACAUUCUAAGUGAUUCAAUGCACUUUCACUUGUAUAAAGUGUCCUGUACAAGGCGGUAUACAUAGCCCUUCCUGUGAGCAUUGAUCUUGUAAAUAGGACCGUAUUCCUAAGACUGCUAUGGAAAAUUCACUUGUGGUGCAAUACACUUUUUGAUUAAAGCUCUCCAAUUCCGACGCAGCUGCCGUGGGUUUUCCUU